UCAAAAUAUCUUUAAAUUAAAAAAUAAAUUUUGAUGAUAAAUUAUUAAAAUUAUUAAUUAAAUAAAUUUAAAAUGACAUUAGUAGGAACACAAAUAGAUAGUGACAAGAGAUUACUAAAUUUUGACACUUAUGAAGAUUAUUUGAAUUCUUUAAUAUCAUUUGUUGAUCUUGGAUAUCUAGGAAAUCUUCAUGUUGCACGUCAAUUAGCUGAACUUGGCUAUCGUUGUGCAGGUGAAACACUUGAUGAAGAUACAUUUUAUCGGCGUUUAAAAGCUGUGAAAAAUUUAGUUUUUCCACCUUAUAAACCAUAUGAAUUAACAUCAGAACUAGUGAUACCAAGUGAUAAUGUAAUGCAAGAAUUAGCACUUAGAGAACAUUUAAACAGACUGAAAAUCAUAUCCACUAUUAUAUUUAUAAGAAACUUAACAAAACUUCAAUUUGAGAUUUCUGGUUACAUUGAUUAUAAUGAAAGACUUGAAAAAGAAAAUUGGCUUGCAUAUUUUGAAGGAAGAAAAAAGAUAUGGCCUUGUGCAUCUGAUCUUGCAUAUUAUGAUUGGAGAACAGGAAAAUCAUGUUUGAAUGAAACAUCAAACUUUGAACCUGUUAUAGAUCCAAUAUUAGGUCUUCGAUUCAAACAUAAUCAUGAUAGACAUUUCAUUAAUGUAGAUCCUGGAGUAGCUACUCCAGGAAUAUAUACAACACGAGUAAGAAUACAUAGUCAACAAUAUCAACAUGUAAUAUUAUAUGAUCAUGUUCUUAGGAGUAAAAUUUAAAGUAUUAAAUGGAAAUAUACUUACUUCGCGAUGAAGUCGAUGAGGAUUCACCAGCUGAACAACGCUAUCACGUUUUAUCAGCAUGGCUGUUGAAUCUCCUACCCAGGCAACAUAUAAUCUUUUAUUUAAUAUUAAAGUGCAAACUGCAGUAGUCCCACCACAUAAUUUCUAAA